UUAAAAAUGAAUAAGGAGGAGAUAAGGGAAAAGAUUUUGCGCUAUGAAACUCAUCUUAAUGAAACCUUGAGAAAUGAUUUGAAGACAUGCCUUGAACUGAGAGACAAAGUAUACAGUGAGCAAGCAGAGUUUCUAGCUUUGAGAAAUACCAUUCUUGCAAUUAGAGAGUCAGGUUUGCAAAAAGGAGAACCAUUGAAAACCAAAGUGGAUUUAGGUUGUAACUUCUACUGUGAGGCAAAAGUGGAUGAUCCGACGUGGAUCCUUGUAUCUAUAGGGAUGGGAUUUUUUCUUGAAAUGACACUCCCGGAAGCGCUAGAGUACAUAAGAAAGAAAGAUGUUGAACUGAGCACCCAGGCUGACAAGCUAACCCAGCAAUCUACUAAAAUCAAAACCAACAUCAAGCUUGUUAUUGGAGGGCUUAAGGAGCUUCAGAAUAUCAGUUUAGAACAGAAAACACCAUACAGAGAUGCAUUUGCUUAAAGGGAUUGUAUUUGUAAUUUUAGGAGGCCAUUUAUUUAAAGAGAAGUCUUAAUUUUUUUUUACAGAAAAGGUAAAUCUUGAUCAGUUUCUGUCUGAUCUAUAUUAAAGAAUUUACAGGUGCAUUUCUCAAAAUUAUUUCUUAAGAUUUCUCAAUCAUCGUUACUUAGAUUAUGGUUCAAAGUUCUUCCUUUAACACAAGCAUACAAUUAUUCCUGCUCGCUUGUUUCUACUAUUUAAUCGUAAAUGUAAAAUUUGGAAUUCAAUACUUUUUUAGGCCUUUUUUUAUUAUUUUUCAAGAAUAAGUUUGACCCUUUGGCUGUGAAGAAUAAUGAUUAUGUUUUUUUUUUUU